AUGGGAGAUAUCACGACAGUUUCUGGUUCGACGGUGAAAGCACGAGAAGGAGGAACCUCUUCGAUCAACUGUCCAAUGCUGAGCGCUACUAACUACACGGUGUGGGCUAUCCGGAUGAAAACCCUGUUGAAAGUACACAAAGCAUGGGACGUGAUCGAGCAAGAAACAGAGGAAAUCGAGAAGAAUGACAUGGCGAUUGCAUUGAUUUUUCAGUCGAUACCUGAAGCUCUGGUGUUACAAGUUGGAGACAUAGACAAUGCUAAGAAGGUGUGGGAGGCAAUCAAAGCGAGACAUAUGGGAGCGGAUAGAGUCAAAGAAGCUAGACUUCAAACCCUAGUGGCCGAAUUUGAUCAUUUAAAGAUGAAAGACAAUGACACUAUUGAUAACUUGGUUGGGAAGCUAUCAGAGAUUGCAUCAAAAUCCAGCGCGUUAGGAGAAAUUAUCGAAGAAACAAAAUUGGUAAAGAAAUUUCUUUCUUCCCUCCCACGAAAGAGGUAUAUCCACAUAGUUGCUUCACUUGAACAAGUCUUGGACCUCAAAACAACGAGUUUCAAGGAUAUUAUUGGUCGUCUGAAAGCGUACGAGGAGCGAGUGUGUGCAGAAGAAGAAGAAGAUGCUCCAGAUAGUCAAAACAAACUGAUGUAUACAUCGAAUGAGGGCCACUUUGCAUCUAGCUGCCCUGACAGAUUGCUUAAGCUGCAAGAGGCAUAUGAGACUAAAGAAGACGACACACAUGAAGCGGAUGCAUUGAUGAUGCACGAAGUGGUAUAUCUGAACGAAAGAAACGUGAAGCCAAAAGAGUUUGAAACAUAUACGAGUAGAGAUAACAUAUGGUACUUGGACAAUGGCGCGAGUAAUCAUAUGACGGGUAAUCGACAUUACUUCAAAGCUCUCGACGAAACCAUUACAGGAAAAGUUAGGUUCGGCGAUGACUCAAGGAUUGACAUCAAAGGAAAGGGAUCAAUUCUAUUUUGUACCAAGAACGGUGAUCGAAAGACUUUGGCAGAUGUAUACUUCAUUCCUGAGCUUAAAAGUAACAUUAUCAGCCUAGGAAAGGCUACUGAGUCAGGCUGCGAUGUCCAUAUGAAAGAGGAAUAUCUUACUCUGCAUGACAAGGAUGGUAACUUGAUCACUAAGGCAAAACGAUCACAGAAUCGUCUGUAG